UCAGGGUAUGAAAACCCUUAAUUUGUUUUGAUACACAAUAAAUUAAAAAAUAUUUAUUAUAAACUUUCCCCCUAUAUAUAUUUACAUUUUGACAAACCCUCCUCUCCACCAGCACCUGUGAACAAACAGAAAUUAAACACAACACAGAAAGUCUCUCCUCUCUGUUUAGCAGAAAAGAAUUAUGGCAGAGAAAGAGCAGCAACCCGUGUAUCCCUUAGCUCCGGCCAACGGCUAUGCUCGGAGCGAUGAGGAGGCCGCGCAAUCCAAAGAGCUCCGUCGCAAGAAGCGCAUGAAGUGGUUGGCAUACGGUGUUGCUUUUGUGGUGUUUCAAACAGGUAUUAUAUUGCUCUUUGCACUCACCGUCAUGAAAAUCAAAACUCCCAAGUUCCGUGUUCGCUCUGCCACAUUCGGAACGUUUACAACCAACAACGCAUCGUUUGACAUUCAAAUGACUGCUGAACUUGGCGUCAAGAACACCAAUUUCGGUCACUACAAGUUUGAAGCUAGUAGUAUUGCCUUCUUAUACAGGGAUGUACAAGUUGGUACUGCUACGUUUCCCAACGCUAGAGCUAGAGCAAGAUCAACCAAGAAGUUCACUGUUUUUGUUGACUUGUCAUCAACCAAUUUAGCAACCAAUUCGAUGUUGGGGAGCGAUCUGAGUUCCCAGGUUUUGCAGUUGACCAGCACGUCGAAAUUGAACGGGAAGGUGCAUCUGAUGAAGGUGAUCAAGAAGAAGAAGUCGACCGAGAUGAGUUGUACCAUGCAAAUUAAUCUCUCCGCCAGGCAGCUUCAGAAUGUGAAGUGCAAGUGAUAUGUGUGUGUGUGUGUGUUUUUUACUUGGUUUUUGUUUGGAAUUUAAUUUCUGAGGAAGGAUGUCUUAUUGUAUGUUUUUGAGGGGGGACAGUGUGUUGAUAGUGUACUAUAGUCCCUCCUGCAUGUUUUGCAUAUAUUCUUUUACUUGAAUAAGUGUUUCUAGCUAUUUGAUUUGCUACUACUAGUUGAAUGCAAUUUUAUCAGUUUUUGGAUUCAA